AUGUGUUUCUUUAGUCUAUUAUUUUUAAUAUUGCUUUCUAUUCUUUUUCCAUUACACAUCAAAUGUGAUCCUUUGGAUAAUAUUCCAUUUAACCUAAACUAUGCUUCUCUAUGGGGAAAAGAAAAUAUGAGAGUUAAUGACCAAACCAAUGAAGUUCAACUUACAUUGGAUGAACAUUCAGGUUCUGGUUUUAUGUCGAGGCAAAGAUAUGGUUCUGGAUUAUUCAACAUGAAAAUUAAAGUGCCUCAAAAGGAUUCUAUAGCUGUGAUAACAACUUUCUAUUUGAUUUCGGAUGUUGGACCUAUUCGAGAUGAAAUAGACUUUGAAUUCUUAGGCGGAAAUAACGAACGGCCUUAUAUAUUGCACACAAACAUUUAUAUUAAUGGCCUUGGUAAUAGGGAGCAACAAAUUCAUCUUUGGUUUGAUCCAACUUUGGAUUUUCAUAAUUACACACUUCUUUGGAAUGAAAAACAAUUAGUAUUUUUUGUUGAUGAAAUUCCUAUAAGAGUGUUCAAGAAUACCACAAAUAAUGGAGGGAGAUAUAUAACUAAGGCAAUGAUGAUUUAUGCAACUAUAUGGACACAUACAUGGAGUUCUGGUGGAAUUCCAAUUAAUUGGAGUGGUGCACCUUUUCAAGCUCACUACAAAGGAUUUGGAAUCAAUGGUUGCCAAGCUCAAAGUACCAACAUCACACAAUGUAAUUCCUCAAGUUAUUGGUGGAAUCAUGAAAGCUUUUGGGAUCUAAAUCCUCAACAAAUUCAAGCUUAUAAAAAUGUGAGGGGAAAAUUUUUAUUUUAUGAUUAUUGUGCUAAACAACCAAAAAAUCCCGAGUGUCAAGAUUUUUAUAUUAGUUAG